CAUACACACGCACAGAAACACACACACAGACAUGGUUAUAUAGUUUGCUGUCAUUUUCAAUCCGCCUGCUUUUCUACUCUUAUAAGUAGCGUCUCCCUUCAUCAUUCAUUCUUCACCUUCUCUAUCACUCUUUCUCUCUCUUCUGCAAGAACACCAUGUUGCUAUACCUGCAACAAAAGCCCUGCUUCAUCUUCUUUCUCUUAAGUUUCAUAAUCUGGUCAUGGGGGACACUGGACGGCGUCGUUUCGGACCCACAGACCAACUUUGUGAAACUAGGGUGCAGCCAAUACAACGUGACAGACUUGUCCAUCUUCAGUGAUAACUUAAACUUAACACUGCGAGACCUGAGAGCGCAGAUCAGCAACCAAAGUAAGCACUUCGCGACGGCGCAGGCGGUGAAGGGUAACAAUCCAGCGUACGGCCUUUUUCAGUGCAGAAACUACCUCUCCAUCUCCGACUGUCUCAAGUGCUUCGAUUUCGCCGCCGUUCACAUACGCAACUGCUCUGUCGGCGUUACCGGUGCUCGUAUCAUCUACGAAGGUUGCUUCCUCAGGUAUGAGAGCAGUGGAUUCUUCGAUCAGAACACAGACGCUGGAAACAACAUAAUCUGUGGAAAUGGGACGAUCACAAACGCCACUGAACUUGCUUCAACUGUGCAACAAGUGUUAACGGAUCUGGACAUAGCAACACCAAGAAUCACUGGUUACUAUGCAGCCACUGAAACGUCUGUUCCUAACAGUAAUGGUUCAAGCAUUUAUGCCAUUGCUCAAUGUAUUGAGACUCUUACACAAAUUGGCUGCCAGGAUUGCCUCAACAUUGCCUUAAGAAAUUUUCAGAUCUGUCUUCCCAACUCUAAUGCUAAAACCUAUGAUGCUGGUUGUUUCAUGAGAUACUCCACUAGAGCCUUCUUUGCUGACAAUCAAACCAUUAAUAUUAGGCCCUUCUUGAAGCAAGGAGGUUCAAGCAAGAGGAAGGCCAUUAUUGGGGGAGUGGUUGGAGGAGGAUCGUUUAUUUUGAUUCUUCUUGCAUUAUUUGCUUUGCACAGACGAUCAACGUCAUCCAAGAAGAUUCAUAGAGGUGAUAUCUUAGGAGCAACUGAGUUGAAGGGCCCAAUUAAUUAUAGGUAUAAUGAUCUUAAGAAGGCCACAAAAAAUUUCAGCAAAGAAAAUAAACUAGGAGAAGGAGGCUUUGGUGAUGUAUACAAGGGCACUCUCAAAAAUGGGAAAGUGGUUGCUGUCAAGAAAUUGGCUUUAGGGCAAUCCAAACAGAUGGAGAAAGAUUUUGAAAGUGAAGUGAAGCUUAUAAGUAAUGUUCAUCAUCGGAAUCUUGUCCGGCUUCUUGGAUGUUGCAGUAAAGGCCAAGAGAGACUUCUUGUUUAUGAGUACAUGAAGAACAACAAUGUUGGCACCUUCUUGUUUGGUAGGCAAAAAAGCUCCCUCAACUGGAAGCAACGUUACAAUAUAAUUUUAGGCACAGCAAAGGGUUUGGCCUAUUUGCAUGAGGAAUUUCAUGUGUGUAUCAUACAUAGAGAUAUAAAGACUAGUAAUAUUCUUUUGGAUGAUGAUUUGCAACCUAAAAUUGCUGACUUUGGAUUGGCAAGGCUCCUUCCACAUGAUCUAUCUCAUCUCAACACAAAAUUCGCGGGAACAAUGGGAUAUACAGCGCCUGAGUAUGCAAUGCAUGGACAACUAUCAGAAAAGGCCGAUACCUAUAGUUAUGGCGUUGUAGUCCUAGAAAUCAUAAGUGGACAAAAGAGUGGUGAAGCAAAGGCUAAUGAUGAAGGCGAAUUCCUCCUUCAAAGAGCUUGGAAACUCUAUGAUAAAGGCACGCACUUAGAUUUUGUGGACGAAACCUUAGACCCUAAUGAGUAUGAUGCAGAGGAACUAAAGAAAAUCAUAGAGAUUGCUUUGCUUUGCACUCAAGCAUCUCCUGCAACGAGGCCAACAAUGUCUGAAAUUGUUAUUAUGCUCAAAGGAAAGGGCUUAAUGGAGAACAGGAGACCCACUAUGCCUGUCUAUGUUGACCCCAAUUUUAAUCCCAGAAGAGAGUCUUCAACCUCUAAUAAUUCAUCUUCAUCAAAUGCUACUGCCUCCACCAUUGCUCUGUCUGGAAGGUGAUGAUCUCAUUUUGCAGGAACGUGAUUAAGGGUCACUUGACGUUUGAACUGAAGAAAUAAUUUUAAUAAUGACUAAGAAAAUUACAGAGUAUGAGGGUUCAUCUUCAUUUCAUAAUUCAUGAUCUGUGUGCAGUGAAACAUCGAUUCUAUAGGUAUAGAUUGGAAGUGCAUGUGAAAGGUAGGUCACUUUGGGCUGGUGUGAAAUGAACUUUGUGAGUUUUUUUUUUUUUUUUUUGAAAAGCGAAUGUCAACUUUUUCCUCCACAUUUUAUUACCCAUUCUGGCUGGUCACUUGUAUUGUAAAAUAGAGCAUAUUGACGACUGUUACGUUCUAGUGCAGAAUAUAUGUUUGAAAAAUUUUACAUU